GUUGACACCACUGUAUUUUCCUACUAUUUGCAGCAAUGCCUGAACCUGCAAAGUCUGCCCCCAAGAAGGGCUCCAAGAAAGCCGUCACCAAAUCCGCCGCCAAGCCUGGCAAGAGAAGGAGGAAGGGAAGAAAGGAAAGCUAUGCUAUCUACGUGUACAAGGUCCUGAAGCAGGUCCACCCCGACACCGGCAUCUCUUCCAAGGCCAUGAGCAUCAUGAACUCGUUCGUCAACGACAUCUUCGAGCGCAUCGCCUCCGAGGCCUCCCGCCUGGCGCACUACAACAAGCGCUCCACCAUCACGUCCAGGGAGAUUCAGACCGCCGUGCGCCUACUGCUGCCCGGUGAGCUGGCUAAGCACGCAGUAUCCGAGGGUACUAAGGCCGUCACCAAGUACACCAGCUCCAAGUAAACGCGUGGUCGCAAAGCCCCAAACCAACGGUUCUUUUAAGAGCCACCCAAUUCUUUCUAAGAGUACGCAUGAUUUCAACUGAAACUCUGAAUGUUCAAUAUCAAUACUGUAGCAUGAAUAAAAUGAAUUAUGUCCCGUGUA